AUGGAAAAGAGCAAAAUUUUGAUAAUUGGCGCUACGGGAAGUCUCGGUUACCAUUUAGCAGAAUCAAGCCUCAAAUUUUGUCACCCAACAUUUGCUCUUGUUAGAGAUUCUUCCUUUUCCGACCCAAUCAAAGCCCAUAAACUUCAAAACCUUUCCCAUGCCGGAGUUACCCUUCUCAAAGGUUCUCUCCAAGAUGAAGCUAGCCUUGUUGAAGCUGUGAAGCUAGUAGAUGUCGUAAUUUGCGCUGUUUCAGCUAAACAAACUUUGCAGCAAAAGCUUCUCAUUAGGGUUAUCAAACAACUUGGUUCAAUCAAGAGGUUCAUUCCGUCUGAGUUUGGCUCGGAUCCUACCAAGGCGAAAGUUUGCGAACUCGAAGAUGGAUAUAACUUCUACGCACCCAAAAUUGAGAUUAGGAAACUUGUGGAAUCUGAAGGGAUUCCAUAUACUUUCAUAUCCUGCAAUUUCUUUAUGAAAGUUUUGCUUCCUUCUCUUGUUCAACCUGGCUUAAAAGCUCCUCCAAGGGACAAAGUCACCAUAUUCGGUGAUGGCGAUACAAAAGGCGUGUUUAUGCAGGAAAGUGAUGUUGCUGACUUCACUAUCAACGCGGUCGACGAUCCCCGCACGUUGAAUAAAGUUUUGUACUUGAGACCUCCCGGAAAUGUUUGUUCUUUGAAUGAGCUGGUUGAAUCGUGGGAAACUAAAAUCGGGAAGAAGCUCGAAAGGUCGCGUGUCUCGGAAGAAGAUCUGCUCGAGAAAAUCCAAGCAACAACUUUCCCUGAAAACUUUGAGAUGAUUUUUAUAUAUUCUGCUUUCAUAAAGGGAGAUCAUACAUACUUUGAUAUUGAGCCAUCCUCUGGUGUGAACGGUACCGAACUAUAUCCACAGCUGAGAUACACCACAGUCAGUGAAUUUUUAGACACACUUAUGUAG